AAAAUGAUUUUUCACAUAAAAAACCGAUUCCUGAAGAUUACGAACUGAAAGAUCUUUCAGCGUUGGAGUUCCAGUACUCAUACUAAUAACUCAACAGAAUGUAAAAUCCUGAAAACUAAAUACUUAAUUGAAUUGGCCAAUUUAUUUGAAUUCCAAGGUGAAAAACUAUAAUUAUGAGAACGUCAUCAUCAUCAGCGGAACAUUUCUUAUUUAUUUAUAAAUUGAGACCAAUAAUUUACAUAAUUUUGCAUUUGAAUAUAUAUUUCUAUCUUAUCAGUGGUGGUUUAUCCUUAUCGAGUUCAAAUGGUAUGGAAUCUCAACAGCAGCAGCAGCCAGUACAACGUCCAUAUUUUGAUGAUAUAAAUUCUAGAAAUGUGACCACAGUAGCGGAUGAAACAGCUAUUUUAAAAUGUCGUGUUAAAAAUAAAGGCAAUCGGACCGUAUCUUGGAUGCGUAAAAGAGAUUUACACAUACUAACUACGAACAUAUAUAUAUACACCGGCGAUCAACGAUUUUCUGUCGUCCAUCCGCCUGGCAGUGAUGACUGGGAUUUGAAAAUUGAAUAUGCACAACAACGUGAUAGAGGUAUUUAUGAAUGUCAAGUGAAUACUGAGCCGAAAAUCAAUUUAGCCGUUAUGCUAGAUGUAACAGCAAUGGCCGUUGUGAAAGAUAGAAUUUCCGAGCCGCAAUACUAUGAUGCUAAAGCAGCGGCCAGAGCAAAAAUUUUGGGUUCAACGGAGAUACAUGUUAAACGUGAUAGUACGAUAGCAUUGGCAUGCUCAGUAAAUAUACAUGCUUCCUCCGUCUUGUGGUAUCACGGUUCAUCGGUUGUGGAUUUCGAUUCACUUCGAGGAGGCAUUAGCUUAGAAACGGAAAAAACCGACACUGGUACAACCAGUCGUCUUAUGUUGACCAGAGCAUCACUAAGAGAUUCUGGUAAUUACACAUGUGCGCCGGUUGGCGCAAUACCAGAUUCCAUACGUGUUCAUGUAUUAACUGGUGAGCAACCUGCCGCUAUGAAAACUAGUAACGGCAUUGCAAUCACGCCGCAUGCCCACGUGACGAUUGUGACAUUCUGUAUAUUUUCAAUAGCGGCGUGGCACUAUUCAACCAUAUCACAAGUUUCUAAUAUAAUUUCAAUAUAUCACGUGUUACAACACAAACCUUUAUUGCUUACCAAACCAAACAAAUUACAACAUAUUCUGCAGAAUCAUAAUUUGCAAAGAAAUUACAAUAAACUUUACUGUUGCAAACAGUGGCAUAAAAUUAGCACAAGAUAUGAAAACUUUCAUCGAUCACAUCGAAUAAGGUGACAACUAGAAACGCACCUAAGCGUUGCAUGAAACUGAGAAAAACCUAACAUUACCUAAUUAUCUACACAUAUAAACUAAUAAAGGAAUGGAUGAAAUAAAGAACCUUAGACAAUUCAAGCCAGCUUGUAAUAAAGCCGCAAGCAGCAAGCUCACCUAAUGUAGUUAUUACAUCUUCGUUAAAACUUGGGAAUAUGUAAUUUUCAAUUUGAAUUUGGAACCAUUGCAACCUGGCUGAUUUAACAUAUUUAUGAAAUAAUAAAUAUUUUAACUUUAUUCAAAACAAACAACAAAAUAACAACUAAGAACAGUCUUUGAUUUUAAAACUAUAAUAUAUAUACAUAUAUAAAUAUACUAUAAUAAGUAGAAAAUAAUUUAAUUAAUGAUUACAUUUAAGUCGUAUGAAAGAUAUUGUUAUAUCUUUAUUAAUAAAUUAUCUGUUAAUUAUUAAACAAAAAUAAAAGUAUAUUUAAUUAAAUUUAAUAACUAAUCUACAGCAACACAUUUAAUUAAAUUUAAUUUCGUAUGUUACUUAAUAUAAUAGUGAAAUAAACAAAUUUUUUUAAAUACAUAAA